AUGCCGUCCCGAAAAAAAACAGCCAUGUUUGCGGCCGCUUUUUUCACCUGUGUUGUCUCCUUCGUCAUGAUUUGUGUUGCUCUGGCGACCCAGCACUGGAUGAGUAGUGAGGUUCACUUUUCCGGCACAAACUCCACCAUUACAGUAAGCCUCACCUACGGACUUUUUAGAGGUACCUGCGAACAGUUCGUCCAUGCGGGACUUCAGUUUUCUGAAAAGACUUUCCAAGUUGCAGAUAACCUGGGAAACAGCAAGGCGAAAAGCAUGAUCACUGCAAUUAUCGUGAUCCUGGUUCUCAGUUUACUGAGUUCCCUUCUGAGUUCUGGAUUUACCUGCACUAACGCUGUCAGCAAUCCCUACCAGACGUUUCUGGGACCCACUGGAGUCUAUACCUGGAAUUCCUUAUGCGGAAUCUUCAUACUUACAGCCAUGAUACUUUUUCCUGUGAACAUAGAAGAAAACAGCCUGUCUGUACUAUUGGCCCAGGGGUGUUUUUCUGUUCGGGAGACACAUAUCAAAUCUGCGCACACUUACGGAUAUUCAUAUUGGAUCAUGCUGCUCACCAUUUUUCUGAACAUUGCCUCUAUCAUCAUCAUCUAUUUCUACGACCAUGCAAGAUAUUCUAAGAAGAAAGAACAGGAAAGACCCAUUGAAAAUGCACCCAAAGAUGUCAUUCUGUUUUAA